CCCCGAGCAAAUUAUACUCUGAUUUAUCAUUGGUUGACAGAUACGUCGAUCGUAUAUUUGUUACACAAUUAAAUUAUUAAACAGCGAAGUAAACAAUGUUUACCAAAGCUUAAAUAAAAUUAUAACAUUUCAAAUAAAGUAACCAGUGAAUAUUCCGUUGAAUUAGAGUAGCAAAUAAAAUCGUUUUGAGAAAUAACUACAGAAAAGCAUUAAAAACUUCCGGGUCACUCGACCAAGGCGGAAGUAAUUAAUGUUACAGUCGCUCAGCAAGAUGGCGGGGCACGAUCCGAAAAACAACAAAACGUCGAAACCCGGAGGGAAGGGCGGCCAGCCGCUGGUCAUUGCCAAAACUCCUGCGGAAGAACAACGCCUCAAGUUGGAGAGGUUGAUGCGGAACCCCGAUAAACCCGCUGCAAUCCCGGACCGACAGAAAGAAUGGAACCCUCGGGCUCCGCCCGAGUUCGUCCGAGAUGUGAUGGGCUCCAGCGCCGGCGCUGGCAGCGGUGAGUUCCACGUUUAUCGGCACCUCCGACGCCGAGAGUAUCAGAGACAAGACUUUUUGGACAAAAUGUCCGUGAAGCAAAGCAAGGAGCAGGCUUACUUGGACAAAGUGGAACAAAACCAACGGGAAGCCGAUGAGAGGACGGCAAAGCGCAGGAAGAAGCGAGAAAAGAUGAAGCAGAAGACGUUAAUGGCGAAAAAAGCCAAACAAGACCAAGGAGAUGGAGACGCGGAGAGAAGACCCGAUGAUAGCAGUGAAGACGAAAAGAAGGACGAGGAGGAAAAAGAGGCUGAUGAUGAUGCUGAGGUCCCUAGCUUCAUCAUGGGGAAGAAGUAGUCGAUUUUGCAAUGGGCAGGACACUUGAAACGACCAGGUGCCAUUAUUGACCAACGAUGAACAUGACUGUAAACGUCCUUUUUUUUUUUUUUUUUUUUAAAAAGCAAGUUUCAACUAUGUUCUCUGAUUGAAUAGCCACAAAGCUGGUGAUGGUCGAAUCAAAAGUUCAAACAUUCUUGUGCUGCACAGUUACUCAGGAAAGUAUGUCUUGCCUCAAGAAGUCUGUGAUUUGGACAUGUUCAAAAUUGUUGCACAGCCUCCGUUUUGCCCUCAUUUGUAUAAUGAUUUUAAUAAACAAACAUAAUGGACA